AUGAAGCAUUCCGAACUCAUCGAGAUGCCGUCGCAAAACCUCGCGGAAUCGCCGGAAUCGACGGACAGCGGCUCCGAGAAGGGCGCCGGAACGGCCGCGAAGAUUGCGGGCCGGAGCUCGGGCGUCGUGACGUUCGCGGUCGACGGUCGGCCGAAGGCGAACCGGAGCAAGAACACCAAAUCCCGGUCGGGCUGCGUGACGUGCAAAAAGCGCCGUAUUCGCUGUGAUGAAGCAAAGCCGUCGUGCUUCAACUGCGCCAAGUCCAAGAGAGAGUGCGAGGGCUACGUCCAGAAGCCCAAAGCAUCUGCCGUUCCGAAGCAAGUCCGGGAAAACCGCACCCUGCUCAUCAAGCCCAAUUAUGAAUCCCAUCUCUUCACCGACCAGCUCCAGAAAGACCACUUCGACUACUGGAUGUCCUUCACCAAAGACUUCACCUUGUUUCCCUCGGACUUGAUGUCUCAUCUCAUGCCGCAGAUCGCCCGAGAGGAACCAGCCGUCCGCCACGCGGCUUUCGCCAUCGGCGCAGCGACGAUGGGGACUCACAGUCUCGAACAACGGACAUCGGGCCAGGGCCCCUUCAUGGCGCAAGCCCUCAACCACUACGGAAAGGCGAUCCAGAUCAUCAGGAACAGCGAGCAGUCGAAGAAGAGCUUGCCACGUGCUCUCCUGACAUGCCUAUUAUUCGUGACCUUUGAGUCUCUGCAAGGAAACCACAUUGCUGCGUUGCAGCACAUGGACCACGGAUGCAAGAUUUUAGACCAAGUCACACGGCAGGGCGUGGCCGGCGAAUGCCCUCCGCGGCUGGUGCAAGAAGUCCACGACGCGUUCCGUCGCUUCACCAUGUUCGCGUGGAGUCUUAACGGUUAUCACCCUGAAGAGACUCAGACGUACGUGCCGUGGUGCUGCCGCGGGCGGAGGAGCCGAUACGCCAUCGACGAGCUGCCGGCGUCGUUUGACGAGAUGGUGGAAGCGCAGAAGUGGUGGGAAAUUACGCAGCAUCACAUCAUCUACACGUCCAAGAUGAACUCGGGCUUCGCAUUUGAGGGGCUCCAGCGAGACAACCCCGAGAGAAUGAAGAGGAUGACGUCCGAGGCCUCGAAAAGAUACCUUGAAAUGAUGGAGAGGUGGCGCGAGCGGUUCAAGCCCCUGAUGAAAGGUGCCAUGCGACAAAGAGCGUCCAACCCGAAGAUCUACUUGCAGAUGGUCAGCCUCAGGCUCCAGUUCCUGUCACUCGAGAUAUGCUGCAAGAGUCUCUACUACAGCGAUAUCGACUACAUGGAGAAGGCGACUCCAGCUUGGAAGGCGAUCGUCUCGCUAUCCAGGAUAUGGCUUAAUGGGCAACAGCAAAGCCCAGGCCCCUCGAAGGAGGUCUUCACGAUGGAGAGUAGUCCUUCAUGGGCAUUGAUGCUCGCAGGGGUACUGUGCUUCGACGAAGAGGUUAGGAACGAGGCGCAUGACCUGAUGCAGACCUAUCCCCGACGAGACGGACUUUGGGAUUCAAGGUCGUACGAAACGAUCAUUAGAUCAACGAAUUACUUGCGGGAAGAAGCUGGCGGGGACCAGCGCUUGGUGUGUCAAGAUAUCCUGGCGAACAAGCAGUUGAUAUUUGCGAAUAACGGGAUUGUGAGGAGAGACUACCGGGAGAAUAUGGGACAGUAUGAGGUCGCCACGGAGCGGAACACACCUCUAGAUCAAGCCGGAGAGGUUACGGUUGUCUUGCGAUAA